UUUGCACCGACGGAGUUUUAUUUAUUCGGAAAUGUGGGUCUGUUCUAUGUGGUGUAUUUCUGGGCUGACAGCUGUCUGUGAUUCAGUCUGUCUCUUCAUCUUUACUGAGAACUUGAACCUGAGUCGUCCUCGUCUUCAUCAUCCUCGUCUUCUCCUCCGUGUGGAGUCACCGGGUCUGGACCGGAUCGAGGUUCCUCAGCUGCCCCUCUGCUGCUCUAAUCCCCCCUCUGAGACUUUGAUCUCGCAGUGGCUGCUGGGAGAAGCUUUUCCUUUUCUUCUUCGGAGUCCGCAGAGAUGUCAGCCGUUAUUCCGGAGCAGGUCCGGAGCGAGCAGGGGAGCCUCAGCGGAGCCGAGCCGGAGCAGCCGGAGGCCGGCGUACUGCAGCCGCAGACCGUGUUUGUCAUCCUGGACCCGGCGGAAACUCUCAACGUGGUCCGAGUGGAGUCUGGGAUCGUUGCUGACAUCGAGGUCGACGGUCUGCUGCCAUCUGACUGCGACACCUUCUACGAAAUCAAGAGUCAGCCAAUCAGCAUCAGUUCAUCAGCAGCAGCUCCCUCCUCUUCAUCUUCUUCACUGCCGUCAGUGAUGUCAUCGAGGGUUUUGAUGCGUCAGGAUCUGAUGCGUCAGCAGGCUCUGGAGGAGGAGCAUAAGGAGACGCAGAAAAAGCAACAGCAGCUUCUUCGCUUCUCCGACUCCUCCUCGCCCAUCUGCGUCUCGGUGCCCUCCUCCUGCAUACCUCCUGCUCAGGUCCCCGUGGAGGUGCUAAAGGUGCAGACUCACCUGGAGAAUCCCACCAGGUAUCACAUCCAGCAGGCUCAGAGGCAGCAGGUCCGUCAGUACCUGUCCACCACCAAGACAGCCAAUCAGCAGCAGGCUGCAGUGGCAAGCCACUCCCCCCAGCUGGGUUCCACCCCUGGACAGCCAAUGGACGGGAGCGCCAAACAGGAAGUAAGAAACAAACAUGUGAACAAACAAACAGGCUUUAUUUUUAGACUGAAUCGUAGACGUUUCCUCAUUUUUAAACAGUCGUCUGAACAGAAAGGGGAAGAUCAGCAGCAGCUCAGCGACUCGCUGUGUGUCUGUGUGUGUGUGUGUGUUUGUUUGCAUGUGUGUUUGUGUGCAAUUAGCAAGAUGAGGAUUUUGGUGUUACUGCCCGACCAUGAGAAGAGGAGGAUUAAAUCGGAGCUCGCUGAUCCUGAGAACUUGCUGGACGGGUAUGGUGGCAGCGGCGGGAACUCCAUGCCUACGCUUACCGUUAGUAACAGCUGCCCAGCCAACCUGCAUGCCGUCAAGAGAGAGCUGACUGAGGUGGAGUCCAAAGCUCUGAUUAAAGAAAGGCAGAAGAAGGACAAUCACAACCUCAUCGAGAGGAGGCGGCGCUUCAACAUCAAUGACCGGAUCAAAGAACUCGGAGCUCUGAUCCCUAAAUCCUCUGACCCUGAGACGAGGUGGAACAAAGGAACCAUCCUGAAGGCGUCGGUGGAUUACAUCCGCAAGCUGCAGAAGGACCAGCACAGAGCCCGAGAGAUGGAGGACAGGCAGAGGAGGCUGGAGAGCACCAACCAUUCGCUGAUGCUCCGCAUACAGGAGUUGGAGCUUCAGGCCCGCGUCCAUGGCCUCUCCUCUUCCUCCUCCAACUCACCUCCCCCGAAGUCCUCCUCCUCCUCUCUGGACCCCCAGACCCUGCUCUCUACUCCACUGCUUCACCCCUUUUCCUCUUCCUCCGCCCCCUCCUCCUCCUCCCUGGUGACUCCCUCUCUGGGUCUAGAUGCUCUGACUUUUACGGACCUGGAUGAGCCUCAGGGAGCCGCCACCGUUUUCUCCCCAGACCUGAUGUCUGACAUGGGGCUGACUGACCUGAACGGCCUGGGGAGCCUCCUGAUGGAGGACGGGAGCGGGGCAGGAGUGAUGUCCGACCCUCUGCUGUCCUGCGGAGCUUCGAAGACCAGCAGCAGAAGGAGCAGCUUCAGCAUGGAUGAGGAUCUUUGAUGACCCCAUCGCGCACAGGGAUCUGAUUGGCCAGAACUGAAGGCGGGACUUCAUUUUAAAUUUUUUUUUAGGGAACUGCUUUCAAUCUGUGACAUCAUCAAAGCAAAAAACACACCGAGGUGUGCAGUGUAACAGAAACCAUCAGCAUGUCUUCCAGGGGACUCCCCUUUGUCCUGAAGUGUUGUUGUCACAGCUGUUGUUGCAAACCCCAGUGUCAAAAUUGUGUUCAGGUUCCUCACACGCACUCACCUGAACCGCUGAGACUCAAAGAAUCAUGAUUUUUUUUUUUUUAAAUGUGGAUUUUGGAGGUUUUAUAAAGUAGUCAAAAAUACUGAGACAUUGAUUGUUCCUCAGUUCAUUCCUGUAAAUAUAAAUGAAUCUAUAAUCACUGUGCUGGAAAACUGAGUAGAGAUUUUUAUUGGAUCAGAGGAGUCUGCAUAGCUUCAGGACUUUGAUUCAGUUUUAUUUUUAAUAUAUGCGCUGCCUGUUUGAAACCGUGUCCAGAGCAAAAAGAAGGGAAACUUUUGUAAUCGGCCACCAAUCCUUAAGAAAACUGUUCAUUUCAGUUUGUUUCAUCUUUAGAGUUUUAUUAGCAUUGAGACUCUUCAAAUUAACAUUUUAAGCUUCAAUCAAUUCUUGCUGAUGAGUUUAUAAUCGUUAGCCUUCAAUUAAACUAGCUACAGUUUCCAUUGCUUGAGGCUAAUUAUAAGCUAACUCUUAGCUGCAGGUGUUUUGUCUUCAGGAACCCUCCUACCUUAUAACAGAGAGGUUACCAAACAAGAACUUGUCGAGUUAGCUGUUAAUGUUAAAACGUGCUCGCGUUAAAAGCUAACUAGUUACAUACUGUUCAUAUUCUCCUACCUGCUAGUUUAGCUAGCUACUGUACAGAGCUAGCUGCUAUCUGUGCUUGAUGUAAUUAGCUCUAGCUAAAAUCGUGUCAUCUUAGCAGCUAUGUUUGUUUGUGGAACGAUUUCCUCAUAUGUUACAGUCGCCGAUGUAAAUGUAUCUGGGUUUUGUUGGAAAUUUAAGGUGCUCUGCUGGUGAUGCUGGUUAGGAAAAAUAAUACUGACUGCAGACAAGUUAGUAAGAUGUGGGAACAGAGACACCAAGACACAAGAUAAAUGAGAUCUCUGCUGAUCUCUGUUACUUUAUUACUGCAUGAUCACAACGUCAGCCCAAAUGGCUGCCAACAUCGCUCCCUUAAAUAUGGCAGACAACAGCCUGCAGACUGCGGUUCAUGUGCCAUGUGGGAUCUUUGUGUUUGUGUCUACUUUUGUUUCAUUUUCAACUACUGUUUGCCACAUUUUUGGCUCCAAAACCAACAUUAACCACGUUAAAAUGCUGGUUUUUAUUGUUUAUCUGACAUCUAAUAGAUCACCUUUGGAAUCUUGGUUUCCUUCUAUUUAUCAGUAAUUUGAUGAUACUUUUUUAAGACUUUGAGUAGGUGGUGGAGGGUGCCGACCAGUCAUGUAUAAGUGACUUAUUGCAGUUGAUAAUGGCCAUUUAUUGGGCUGAUGUCAUAUUUCCCAGGUGAUACUAAAUCAUGGCCAAACAAUAGUAUUUUUUCCUGCUAAUGUCAUCUGUGCCGUGCACUACAAAGCAAGAAUAUAUAGCAUAUAUUCAUAACUACAGCCAUCUCAGGGCACUAUACAUUGUAUAUUACAGAGUUCACAAGCCAUCAACUUGCUAUGAUCAGCACUUGGCAGCAGUAGGGAAAAAACCCUACCUUUAUAACUGUAAAAAUAUGCAACAGAACCAGGCUCAUGCCUUCAUACCAGGGAAAAUAUGGAGGAAGGGUGAAGACGGGAAAGAGGAACUUAAUUACAAGAAAAAAGCACUGAGCUUGUUGUGGCCAGUAAAACCUGUUGGGCUGUUAUGUAUUGUUAGCAAUGCAAGUUACAGUAACACAGACUGUAUGAACAUACUUGCAUUCAUUUAUUGAUACAGGAAAUACACAAAUAUCUGUUUUUAUGCUUGGUCCUGAUUUGCUGCCAGGUUAAUUUUGCAGCCCUGUUGGUGUUUAUCUCAGAGAAUGUUUAAUAAAUGAAGUGAACUGCACUUACAUUUGGUCAAAGCGAUUUCUGGCAGAUAGAUAAACAGUAUAUUCACUUUAGGAAGGAACCAGAUUAGCAGUAUUCGACAGCAUGCCUUUCUGGUUUUAUUUAGAGAACCACUAUAAAGUUUUGUGAGAUCCUUCACAGCUCUCUGUGACCCGUUCUUCUUCACAGAAGAAGGCAGUGUCGCUUGAUUGGUGCUAAAUGACGCGCCAAACGCGUUACUGUGCUCACAGUUUGAUAAAGAAAGGCUGAUGUAACAAAGAAUGUUGAUAACUAUUGUUGUGAUACCAAUUAUCUCUGAAUGUUGCAUUAGGUGUAAGCCAGAGAAAACCUGUCUGUGUCCAGCUAGAAAUGAGAUUUAAUACCUGAAUAAUGAUGAUGAGUCAGGUGUUCAGUUAUGAGGAUCAGGGGAUUCUUGCAUAAAGGGAUUGCUGUUUUUUUAAAAUCUAUGUUUAUGUCAUUUAUGUUUAUCAUAUGUUUACAACCAUAUAGUUUGUCAUUGUUUAUUCUCAGUUAACAGUUUGUUUUAUAGAUCCAUCAAGGUUCACAUGCCAACUUUUAUAGAGAAAUAAAUCAUUAAACAGAA